CAACUAACAAACAAAAUGGCGUUGUUGGUCAGAUCUUUAGGACGAGGGUGCUUGAUGAGGCAUCAGCCCUUGUUUCAUCCCAGACAAAAUGCCAUGGCAUCUUCUGCCUAUGAUGAAAUGAAAGGUUAUUGGGAUAAAAACAGGAAAUUACAAAGACCAAUGUCACCUUUUCUAUUUGCUUACAAACCUCAUCUGGCUAUGUUAACAUCUCUGUCACAUAGAGUUACAGGUGUGGCAAUGUCUGUUGCUAUAACUGGUACAUCAUGUAUUUUACUAGCCUUGCCUGGGGAUUUCACAACUUAUUUUGACAUGGUUAAAGAUAUGUCAAUUCCAGCAGCAGUUAUUAUUGGCUUUAAAUAUUUAUUAGCUUGGCCAAUGACUUAUCAUUAUAUAAAUGGAUUCCGACAUUUGGCAUGGGAUGCUGGAAAAGGAUAUGACAUUAAAACUCUGUAUAAAACUGGAUAUUUUGCCAUUGCUACAUCAUUUUUAGCUGCAUCUGUUUUCGUCUUUAUGUUCUAAAUGAAAAAAUGAUAGUAGAAAAUGAGAUUUUUCAUUUUGAAGCAUUAUCUAGAUCUUUAAACUUCAAAGUAAGAGGACUUUCAAACCUUUUGUUGGAUUUUCUGAGAGGAUUGAAGACUCAUUGGAUUUGUUACAAGUUUCAGAUGAUACAACUGAACAUAAUUAUAGCUAAAAACAAACUCAGUAAUAUAACAGUGGUAAUUAUGCACUGAGUUUACCUGUUUUCAAGAACCUAUUACUCAACAAUCAGAAUUAUGUUGUUUUGAACAUCUAUGGCUGGGUAUUUUGUAUGUAUGAGUAUAAACUGAGUGUUAUAACAGAGCUUAUAAAUUUGUUAAUGUAUC